AUUGAGAGGAACAUUCCUCCAUUCUCUCCUCGCUCUCACGCACACGCAACAGCAACAGCAGAUAGAGCAGAGAGCCGUCCCUCCCUCCCCCCCUCCAAUCCCAGAACCAAAAGAAAAAUAAAAUAAAAAAGAUGAGCAAUUACCAGAGACUUCCCCAAGAAUCAUACCCUCCCCCUGGGUACGGAACUCCUUAUCCUGCGCCACAAGGGUACUCGCCGCCCGGAUACCCUACAGCACCCCCGCAGCCGCCGCAGCAACCGUCGUACCACGCCUACCCUCCGCCUCCACCCCCACCCCCUGCUGGUUACGCGGCGUAUCCUCCACAACCGCCCCCACAAUACCAAGGGUACCAAGGGUAUUUCAAUGACGGUUAUCCUCCUCAGCCCCAAUAUCAAUGCGAGCAUCAUCAUCAUCAUCACCACAAUGAUACCGGUUUUCUUCAAGGCUGCUUGGCAGCACUUUGCUGCUGUUGUUUGGUGGAGGAGAUUUUUUGAUGAUCACUACAGUUGAAUCUUCAAUUUGGUACUGUUGAGAGAUGAUCGUCUGAGUUAUUGAUGUGUGGGAUCUGGUGUGUGUUUGUCAUUCUUCUAGUUCAGUCUUUACAAGUGUGUUCCAGGUUGUCAAUAGACUCCAGGGGUUGGUAUAGCGGUCUCAAAGUAUAGUCCUCCUUGUUCUCUUGAUGGCUAUGCCAAAAGGAGAACAGAGAGCGCAUCGGGCUUGGCGAGUGGUUACUGAAAAUGUGGGGUGGCUGGUAUAUGGUUUCUUGGUUUGGUGUAAGGCUCUGCAACUAUAAGUUUUUCAUUUUUGGAUUAUCUCCCCAGUUAUGGGUUUGUUACAUAAUACAUAUAAUUGCUCUGGAAUCUUGAUGGAUGUCGGGUGGGUCUGGUAUGUCUUUUGUUAUGUGAAUGAGGUAGUAGUGGGGGUUUGUAUUUUAAUAUGUGAUUAUGAUUAUGUAACUAUGGCAA